CAGCAGAGCUUGACGAACGCUGCGCGCCUGCGCAGCAUGGUCGCAUGAGCAUGGCAUUGGAGGCCCUUCUCAUUCUUUUGUAUUAUCAGUGGCAGGCAAGGGCCAACAGAAAGUCCCUGCCACAAGGAAAGGGGUCCCGUUUCUUCAGGCAGCAGGGCAGCUGUGGAGAAUGCUGCAGGGAUUCUGCAGGAAGUAUAUAAAUGACAAUGCUGGGGCUGGGAAGAGCUGGUUGGCGGCAGCGGGCAUCGGAGGGGUGCAGCUUUAAGAUUGGCAGAAUGCAGAGACAAUUGAUCCACGCGUCCAGGCUUUGAGGGGCCAGUGCAGGCCAAGCUGGUGCGCGAAGCAACCCGACGGCAGGAUGCAAGCUGAUACCGCCCAAACGAGGGUGCCUCCUAUACCAGCCACCUUUACGCCCCCACUCAUGGAUCCCCCCGGGCCUGUUCACACCACCAUCAGCAAGGUGGGCCGGGGCCUGGCCGCCAGCGCCAUGACUGCGGUCGUUCUUUUGGGGCUGUUCCUAACAGCGGUGCCUAUAUACCUCACCCUCCUGAGGGCCACCCUGCCUAAAGUUACUGAUGUCAAAGAGCCCCUGUUCUUUGACUACCGGCUGCCGCAGCCGGCCGCGACGAUGCCGCUGCUGCCUCCUGAGCUGCGCACCAAGGCGUAUGCGUACGCAGCGGAGGAUAAGCCCGUGAAGAAGUUCCCCAGGGUAUUCCAACCGGGGCAGCUGUACGAUGUGACGGUGCGCUUGGAGCUGCCAGACUCGGAGCAGAAUGUGCAAGUUGGUAUCUUUCAGGUGACGGUGCAGCUGCUGUCAGUACGCGACGACGUGGUGGCGACCACGACGCAGCCGGCCAUGCUGCACUACCGCAGCCCGCUGGUCAAGCUUGCGCGCCUCCUUGCAAUGGCCAUCCCAAUCGUCUUCAACUUCGUUGAGGAGCGCCAAGUCCUCACUCUGACCAUGCUCAAGGGCUACCAGGAGGGCCCCCUUCCCGUCAUCGCAGUGCGCGUGCUCAUCGAACCCUCUGCGGGGCGGCCCCCCGAGCUCGGCCUCCCACAGAUCUAUUCUGCAGAAGCAGAGGUCAGGACGCGUCUUACGGGGCUGGCUGCGCUGCUCUACAACUGGAGGUUCACCAGCUUCGUCUGGGGCCCCUUUGUCAUCUUCAUGUGGGAGCUGGCGGUCGCUGUCCUAUGCUGCCCGGGGCUCGUCCUCCCGGGCUUCCUCCGUAAGACGGCGCCAACCCCGGCGAGGCCCCCGGUAGCCCCCCUGGUGCGCCCUCCGGUAUCCCCGGCCGGAAAAGACAUGCUACGAACGGGGGCUGCAGUCGUGGGCGAUUUGGAGGACUUGGAGAGCCUUGGAAUUGACGAGAUCCCGAAGGACCAAUCGGGCGCAGCCGAAGUGUCUGCCGACGCAAGUGUCUCCAUGAACGGAGAUAGCACUACCUCCGAGAGCGACUACACUCUAGUGGGAGGCAGGCGCGUCAGCAUUGGACUGGGGGUGGAAAUUGGCCCUUCCCGGAGGAGGUCCAGCGGGUCGCGCGGGCAGCGGCCUGAGCGCGCGGGAUCGCGGGAGCGAGUGACGGUGCCAGUGCUUUUGGACGGGAAGUGGGACGACAGCAUGGAGCAAGCGCUGGAAGACAUUUUGGAGGCGCGAGUGAGCCCCGAGGCCAGCGAGGCGAGCGAGGAGCUCUCAGAAGAUGACGUCAUGGCUGAGGAUGACGUCUUGGGGGAGGACGACAUUGCAGGAGAGGACGACGACCUGUCGGGAAAGGUGGAUGAUCUUUUGCGCGAGGAUGCUGACGUCAUGGGGGAGGGGGAUGACGUCACGGCGGAGGGGGAUGACGACAUGCCAGUCCUCGAGGAUGGGGCCCAGCAGGGCGAAGCGACUUGGGGCGGAGGGGAAAGAGAGACGGGGUUGGAAGAAGCCGAAGGGGAGCCGGGAGAUGCGUCCCAGGCGGAAAACGAGGGAGCGCUUCUGCAGGCUGGGGGGGGGUCCAGCAAGCUGAAUGACUUGCUGGGGGACAACGGGAACGUAGAGUCAGUCGGGGGGGAUCGGAAGCAGCGCACAGAGGAGAAGGGUUCGCGACCAGAAGCUCUUACGCUACCGCCUGAAAACGGGGGCGCGACGGGAAGUGCGGUGGAGCUUGGGCGCUCGAGCUCGUCCGAUGACAAACACGCACAGUCCGGGCUGACGUCAGAGAGUGCGGACUCCGCUCCCAGGCGCAGCCAGAGUCUGGACAAUGUAAAAGCAUCGUCGUCGAACGGUGUGAACAGGCCGGAUGAGGCCAGCGGGUCAGGGGCGGCUUCGACAGGGGGAGGAGGCAACGCGGAUGAUGCGAACAGGGGGGAGUCGCCCGGGGGAAGUGGGUCUCGUUCCGGGGGGGAGAGCCCGAACACUGGGGUCUACUCGAGAUUCUUGACACGGGGGUUUCCGCGCAGCGGCAGCAGCGGCUCCCUCUCAGAGAAGACUCCUGAAAAGCAGGGUGUAAAUAAGCACACACAGGGCGACGUAAAUGGGGGUGCUAAGGGAAGUUCUCCGAACGAGGCUGGGAAAGGCGAGGAGUUCCAGGAUGCUGUGGACACACUUACGCCCACGGUCUCGGAUGCUUCCAUGCAGGAGGCAGUCGAGGACAACGAUUGGUUGGAGGUGCCACGUGUAGGGACGGAAGGGGGUUCUGACAUCCCCCAGAAUGGUACGCAACAAGGCAAUAGGGAAGCAGAGGAUGGAGAAGGAAAUGAGGAUGAAGACGGUCAGGGGUCGAGUUUACUUGGUCCUCUGCUUGGGGGUCUGAGGCGCCGGGGACGGACGAAGCAGGAUAAGUAACACACAAUCUCCCUGGCUCCUAAUCGGCAUGGCAGAAUCAGCCGCUUUAAGGAUGUAAGCUGCACUUUUACGCACGUUUCGAUACGACCUGACGGGCUACCUUGCGGGGGACCGUCAGAUCCAGUAGGUUCCAAGUUCAGGACUUAAAAUUUCGGAUCCACCUCGCAAGAUCUCUGACGUUUGCACAAUAGCGGGUGCAAACGCUAGCAAGGGCGUUCAAGGGCGGCCUCGGUAGUGCAAUUCCAUCAGCACUGAGCAGAAGCGGGCUGCGAAGUGUACACCUUCGUAUGUUGAUAGGUCUAACGCGCCCUGGUUACUGAUGAGGUCAUGCGACGGCACGCUCAUGUAAAUUGGUCCACCCAAAUGACGUG